AUGGUUUAGGUUUUGAGAGCAUAUUUAAACUGACUGGUAUGCGGUACUAAAAGGUGACGGAUCCCUAAAGGCAGCAUAGAGCGAAGCCGGGAAAAGCUGUCAUUUCCGGUAUUGUGACAUCGGCAUCUAUUUCCGGCAACAUGGAAGCGGUAGUGAGUGAAGUUGUCGCCCCCGAAGACCUUCUGAAAUUCGAAAAAAAAUACAAUGCGGAGCUGGCCAAGGGAAACGUGUCUAAAGAGACCAAGUUCGAGUACGCCUGGUGUCUGAUUCGGAGCAAGUACACUGAUGAUAUAAAGAAAGGGGUAGAGUUGCUAGAAGACCUGGUUCAGAAGGGCACAAAGGAUGAUCAGAGAGACUACCUGUUCUACCUUGCAGUUGCAAACUACAGACUGAAGGAGUACGAGAAAGGCCUGAAGUUCGUCCGGAUGCUACUGCGGCAGGAACCAGGCAACAAGCAGGCGCUGGAGCUGGAGAAACUCAUAGACAGAGCCAUGAAGAAAGACGGUCUCGUUGGCAUGGCGAUUGUGGGCGGGAUCGGUCUCGGAGUGGCUGGAUUGGCAGGCCUUAUUGGUUUGGCUGUUGCAAAAUCCAAAUCCUAAAGACGGGACAUGUCCUGCACUCUUUGUCCUUCCCAUCAGAAGCAUAAUUCCUGCCAGGCGUGAGUUUGAUUUCGUAUUUGAAAUUAAUUGACCAUAUAACCGACGCUUUUAUAGUAGAUAACAUCUUUCACGUGAAUGACCUUUUUUUUUUUUUUUUGACCUCUUACAACAAGUAACUCCUCCAAGUUUGUUAAAUGACUUUUUCUUCUUUAUGUGGUGUUCAAACAAGCCUAUUACUGCUGUAACUUGGAACACUAGAAUUUUAUACAGUAUUAUGUAGAGAUUAGGAGGAAUUUCGGUGAGUGAAUAGUUUAUAGGUAACCAGAAAUUACUGGUGAUACUUUAACAAGUGUGUAACACUCUCGCUAUAUAAUUUAAAUGUUUGACAGUAAAUACUGACAGUAAAUAUAAUUAGAUUUAUUCAUGAGAAAGGAGCAGAUUCCAUUGUGCCAUGACUUUGGUUUUAUCUUGAUAUUUAUUAAUGCAAACAAACUCGCCUGGUAGCUCAUCUGAACGAAACUGUAUAAAACAACUUCUGAGAUUUGUUUGUCCCUGAUAUUCAGGCUGAUCAUAGUUACAUCAGCUAUGAAAAUUAGACUUGUAUACAACUUAUGGUAUAUAAGUUUAAUUCUUUUGAAUUAAUAAUUGCAUUUCAGGAUGUUUUGGCCAACAUCACUGGUAUAAUAACAGUGAUGCUCCAUAUGUCUAUUAGAAGCUGUUAAUAUCUAUAUAUAAUGUAUACUUAUGAUAUGCCUCAUUUGUAAUAAUUCUUAACAUCUGUAUAUAUCUGGUGUUUUUUUCCUACUAUACACAAUAUAUAGCAAAUAUAUACAAAACACUUCCGUAUGUUUCACAAAAGUUAAAGGCUACUUUUAUUGUUUUUGAUUAAAAAAAAAAAUUCUAAUUUUGAUUUAUGCAUAAUUUUACAACAGUGAUCAUUUGACACAAAAUGAAAAGGGAAUUAAGUUAAGGUAUUUUUUCUACCCUGAGAAGGACAUGUUCUAGUUUUGUAAGUAAAACUGUACUUCACCAGGAAAAUAGUUUGGUUUGAAUUUUGUGGCUGAUUGACUUUUGUUUUAUUUACUUUUGCUGUUAUUCAGUGUGUGAUUCAAUGCUCAACCAUUGGGACAAAUGUAAUGUAUUCCAUCCACAAAACAUUGUGUAGUAUGAUAGGAGAAAUGAGACUUCAACCCCCCCCCCCCCUUUAUCAAUUUAAGUGAUUACCAGUGUACACAUAGUCUAGCCUGUUUUGGGACUCAAAGGGCAGGAUGCUUUGGGAGCACGAUGUUGAACAGACAGACCUUGCCUUCACAGAGGACACAGCAGGGGCAAAGUGGCAUAAAUGGGGCUGUUCAAUAUAAACAAUACAUCAAGCAAGGCUAAAACUCACAGAAGACACCUCAGGUGUAAGAUGAGCUGGUAGCUUUAAUUGUACCCUGUUAUCCUGAUGCUGUUAUGCGGUUUAUAACGCUAGCCUGCCACCUGUGUUAUGCAUUGUCUUGUGGUUCUGUGCUACAAAUAAAAGUUAUAUAUUGAGUUCUAAA